AUGGCUUCACUCAAGGAACAAUUGAAUGAAUUGACUCGGAAUUAUACUGCUUGCGAUGUAUCAGAUGCAUUGCUCAAGCUCCAGAAGGUUCCCCCAGGGGAGGUCGCACGCGCUGGCUUCCUAGCAGACCUCACUCCCUACUCCCCCAGCAUCGGCCCAAACCAUAGCCUCGAACGGACAGCCGGGCCAGCAACCACCUUCCAAUUUGGGACCAAGGAUGAAAGUCCGCCGGAGAUCGCUCGUGAGAAUCCCGAAAAACAUGGCUUCCCGCCUGGUCGGCAUUGGGUCGAUUUUACAGGAGAUUAUGCAGCGGCGAACCCGACAGAUGUCGGCUUCGUUGUUGUGAUUGACCAGCCCCAGGGCCAGUUCUGCGCCGUGACCGGUGGUAUUGUGGCCACUCGAAUGGGGGUGCUUGGUGCGAAAGCUGCUGUUGUCAAUGGGCGAGUGCGCGAUGUGAGAGAAAUGCAAUUGAGAGGAUUUCCUGUCUGGGCCCGAGGCACUUCAACGGUAGGCACAGGGGCCGAAGCAAAAGCCGUGGCGCGAGACAUUCCCUUGAACAUUGGGGGUGUACAUGUCUCUCCUGGUGAUAUUGUCUUCUGCGACCCAAUGAACGGGGUGGUAGUCGUUUCGCGCGAUCUCCUUGAGCCUGUGCUUGAGCUACUGCCCAAAUUGGGCGAUAUGGACAAUCAUGCGAAACAGGCCGUUGAACAGGGAAUGUCCGUGACAAAGGCCUUCAAGAUGUUCCGAAGCUAG